AGGAGCCAGGACAUCAGGAGACACAUCCUUCGGAACUACGACCGAACGACUCUGCCCGCCCGGAGAACCACAGUGCGACUCAGGAGGGUCACCAUCAAGCAUUUUAAUAUCGAUCCAGCUGCUCAUACACUGGCUAUCGACGCCUGGCUUAUAUACGAGUGGAUCGACCCCCGACUUCAGUUCACUCCAGUCGACAACAUCCAGAAGCUUUCUAUGUCACCGCGAGAUAUAUGGAUGCCAGACAUUUCCCUGUACAAUGAGGCAAAAGUGGGCAACGUGAACCCCUUCGACGAUACCCUCACACUCGUGUACCCUGACGGCCGGGUUCUCCACGCCCCUCCGGCGAAACUCCACACGUCCUGCGUCGCCGACCUCACCUACUGGCCUCAUGACACCCACAACUGCUCGGUCGUCUUGGGUUCCUGGGUACACCACGGCUACACCAUCGAUUUCAGACUCUUGGAGAAAGAGCCGAAGAUCGACAUAUCGCAGCGACUGACAGCUGACGGACGCAACAUCAGCCGUGGAGAGUGGGAUUUGGUGUCAGCAUCCCUCAUUCGUAAGGAAAAUAAUUACGAGUGUUGUCCUGAGCCUUAUGUCUCCAUCUGGCUGACACUCACCCUACAGCAUUAUGCACCAGCUUUUUUCUGGACAGUCAAGUUACCAGCUGUAGGUCUAAGCCUCCUGACGCUGGUGCUGUUUCUGCUCCCUCCUGCCGCAGGGGAGAAGAUCACCCUUGGAGGAUUUUGUCUUGUCCUCGACCUGAUCUUCAUUCGCUACACCUCCAAUACGGUCGCGCACUCGCCUUCGCAUACGCCCCUUAUCGUGGAGAUGGUGUCUCAACAGCUGAUCCUGGUAAUCGUAUGUGUGGUGACGUCGGUCCUGGUGCUCCGAAUGGCCCACGACCCCCACAGUGCCGGAGUGCCGUCGGUCAUGAGGAGACCCCUCGCCAAACUCGCUCCGCUGCUGUGCCUCAACAAUUAUAAUAACUUGGUGUCCGGAUUCCGACGCACACUUCCCCAUUCCCUCAAGUCCGAGGAGGUGGAACUCGGCGCGGGCGGGAUGGGCGGCGUUAACAUGGGCAGCGCGAGUGUGAGCAGUAGCUCGACGGCCCUUUACCCCCACGAAACGACGAUCAGGAAUGAGUGGGUGUUCCUCGCAGCCGUGCUGGAUCGUCUGUGCUUCAUUCUCUUCGCCUUUAUCUGCCUUGUCAGUUUCAUAAGGUUCCAUGCCGUGUUGUGAAGUAGAAUCUCCGGUGCUUGCGAGUCUUAAAGCUCUUCAAAGGGCCCCUCGCUCUUAUGUAUGUGUGGCGUUUGUUCAGAUUUAAUGUGAUGUUAUAUAUGGUUUAAAAUGCGUGCGGCAUAGUAUGUGGUUGAAGCCUUGGCUGUGUAAAGUGGAAUCUCUGGAACGUAAGGUAUGUGGUUAGAAUCUGCGUUGUGGACUAGGAAAUGGGUUUUAUUUAACGUGGUUUAAGAUGUGGAUGAUUGUCAUGUUAGUGACAGAAACAAUAUAUAUAUAUAU